AUGCUCUUGGCGAUCGCUGCGUCCGCUCUUGCCCCGCGCCUCGCGCUGCGCGCUGCGCCCGGCGCGUCGCCGCAUGCCGCCUCGUGCGUCCGCAUGGCGGCGCCGGAGGAGUUUGAUUACCUCGUCAUCGGCGGCGGCUCCGGCGGCAUCGCUUCUGCGCGGCGGGCGGCAGCGCACGGCGCCAGGGCGUGCGUGAUCGAGCGCUCGCGGCUGGGCGGCACCUGCGUCAACGUGGGCGGGGCGAGCUUCGACAUGAAGGCCAUCAAGGCCAAGCGCGACGCGUACGUGACGCGCCUCAACGGCAUCUACGCAAACAACUUGGCAAACUCGGACGUGACGUUUGUCGAGGGCGACGCUCGCUUCACCGGCCCAAAGACGGUGGCGGUCGGCGACCGCACUCUGACCGGCAAGUCAGUGCUCAUCGCUGUGGGCGGCCGCCCCUCCGUCCCUGACAUCCCUGGCGCAGCAGAGCUCGGCAUCACUUCGGACGGCUUCUUCGAGCUCGACUCCGUCCCCGACCGCGUCGCCGUGAUCGGGUCCGGCUACAUCGCGGUCGAGCUCGCCGGGAUCCUGCAGGUGCUCGGCUCCAAGGUCGACCUCUUCAUUCGGGGCGCGACGCCGCUGCGCUCGAUGGAGUCGGACGUGGUCGAGCGGCUGGUGGGGGAGAUGGAGGCGGCGGGCAUCUCGAUCGUGCGCGGCGAGGCGGAGGCGAUCAGCGGCGACGCGGCCUCGAAGACGGUCGUUCUCAAAGACGGGAAGGGCGAGCACGGCGGGCCCACCGCCAUCGCGGCGGGCCGGCUGCUGUCGGACCGGCUGUUUGGAGGCGCCUCGGAGGCGGACACGCUGAUGGACUACGACUUUGUUCCGACCGUCGUGUUUUCGCACCCGCCGCUCGCGUCGACCUGGGUCAACAUGCUCUACUCGCGCGAGUUUUUGGUGGACGGGCAGCACAUGCCCAAGACCUUCGCGAAGCUCGUCUGCGUGGGCCCGGAGCAGCGCGUGGUCGGGCUGCACAUGAUCGGCCUCCCUCGCCACCUGCGAGGCGCGGCCGCCCCGCUCUCCUCCGGGGGCUUCGCGCUGGCGAUGAAGAUGGGCGCGACCAAGGCGGACUUUGACUCUGUCGUCGCCAUCCACCCCACCUCCUCCGAGGAGCUGGCAAAGUACUCUCUGCGGCCCGACGCGUACACGCCGUCGUACGAGGAGGAGCCGGUGCCCGCCAAGGCGCGCUGAAAGGGAGGUUGCGUUUCUCGCGCGGACGGCGGCACCGCGGUUCUGCCCGUUGCAGCCGUGCCGCGCGCACGGCGAGCACAACGCCCGCACACAUUGGUCACUGUGCGAGGCAGGGACGAUGUGACCGGGCAGUGGCACCAGGGGGGUGACACGCGCCCGGCAAAACACGCAACGAUCUUGUGGUUGGUUCAAUACAACAGCUUGAGGCACACCGCAGCCAGAGCCGCAGACGGGAAGUUUGUGAGUUACUUUCCGGUCCGACUCUAAAAUUCUGACAU